CCCGCUGUGAAGUGACUUGAGGCCUGUCGCAGCUAUUUCUGUGAUAAAUUAUACAAAUUGUAAAUUGUAAGACAACUGAAAAGUAUAGUAUGCGUUGAUUUAUCGAACGGAUUGGACGACGGCUGGCGGAAAGGCAAAAGAAAAUUCGCGGAAGUUGUUGUUGUAAAUAAUUAAAAACCGAUCGAAAAGAAAAAAAAAUCACAAUCAAAAACAAACACAGAAGACACUAGUGAAGAGAGAACAAAAAUUCACUCAAUUAGAAGAAGUGCUCAAACAGCAAAUCGAAAUACUACCAAACAACGAAAAAUGAGCCAAUCAUGCCUACCAGUCAAUGCCAAAAUGUCGAAGGCGAAGAAAGUGUUGGAUGAAGCGCGUGAAACGCAGAAUCGUGAGCUCGAUUUGGUCGACAAGGGCAUUAGCUCCUUCGAGGAGCUGCCGGGAUUGUUCAACAUGUCCAACAUCACACGCCUCUCACUGAGCCACAACAAGAUCACCAUGAUCAGCCCUGGCAUUGCCAAUCUGCUCAAUUUGGAGAUAUUGAAUUUAUCCAAUAACGGUUUACGUGAGUUACCCGUGUCGCUGUCGUCAAUGCCUAAAUUGCGCAUACUAAAUGUGUCGCUGAAUCGUCUGGACAGUCUGCCACGCGGUUUCGGCGCAUUCCCCGUACUCGAAGUGUUGGACCUCUCCUACAACAAUCUCAACGAAAAUGUGCUGCCGGGAAAUUUCUUUAUGAUCGAAACACUGCGCGCACUCUACUUGGGCGACAACGACUUCGAGCAUAUACCCAAGGAGCUGGGCAAUUUGAAGAAUCUGCAAAUACUCGGCUUGCGCGACAACGAUCUGCUCGAUUUGCCGCGUGAAAUUGGCGAACUGACACGUCUGCGUGAAUUGCAUAUACAAAAUAAUCGCCUGCAGGUGUUGCCACCCGAAGUGGGUAAUCUCGAUUUGUUGGGCAGCAAGUCGGUGAUGAAGAUGGAGGAGAAUCCGUGGGUGGUGCCCAUACAGGAGCAAUAUCUGCUGGGCAUUAGUCACGUCAUCGAAUACAUUAAAACGGAAACGUACAAAAUUCUCUACAAUCGCCACAUAAAGAGCGAUCGUGGUCCGCCACCACCAAAGGCCGAUAAGAGCAAGAAGGCGUCACGUACGCGCGCCUAAGCUGACUCAGCUCAGUUAUCGCUGCAUAAAUUUCGAAUUUGCCAGACCGUUGUGCCUUUAUGUGGAACAGAAAAUGUUUGAAACUAAAGUUUUUCGCGUGUAUUAACCAUAAAUGUUUUGUAUGUAACUGUAUUUUCUGCCUGUAUCAAUGUGCAUUCGCAUACAUACAUCUAUAAUUUUGUACUAAUAAUAUUAAGUAAAUGUUAAAUUAUUUUGAAAACCAUUAA